AUGAAGCUUCUGUCUAGAAAAGCCACAUGCAACACUCACGGCCAAGAUUCUUCAUACUUCCUAGGAUGGCAGGAAUACGAAAAGAACCCUUACGAUGAAGUUCUGAAUCCUAAGGGAAUUAUUCAGAUGGGUCUUGCAGAGAAUCAGCUCUCUUUCGAUCUCGUAGAGACUUGGCUCGCUAAGAAUCCAGACGUAGCCGGAUUCAAACGCGAUGGCAAAUCCAUAUUCCGAGAGCUAGCUCUCUUCCAAGACUACCAUGGCCUACCAUCUUUCAAGAAGGCAUUGGUAGAUUUCAUGGCAGAGAGUAGAGGAAACAGGGUGACUUUUGAUCGCAACCACAUUGUUUUAACAGCUGGCGCCACUUCAGCAAACGAGACCCUCAUGUUUUGUCUCGCUGAUCAAGGAGAGGCCUUUCUCCUUCCCACUCCUUAUUACCCAGGAUUCGACAGAGAUCUCAAGUGGCGAACUGGGGUUGAAAUCGUUCCAAUACAAUGCACAAGCUCCAAUAACUUCCAAGUCACUGAAUCAGCUUUGCAAGAAGCUCAUGAAGAGGCAAAGAAGCGUAACCUCAGAGUCAAAGGCGUCUUGGUGACAAACCCAUCAAAUCCACUGGGCACAACAAUGUCUCGGAAUGAAUUGAACAUGCUCAUUGACUUCAUCAAGGACAAAGACAUGCAUCUCAUAAGUGAUGAGAUUUACUCCGGGACCGUUUUUAGCUCUCCAGGAUUUGUCAGCAUCAUGGAAAUCCUAAAGGAAAGAAAUGACCUUAAGGAUUCUGAUGCUCAAAUCUUGAACAGAGUUCACGUUGUCUAUAGUCUCUCCAAAGACUUGGGUUUGCCGGGUUUCCGCGUGGGUGCUAUCUACUCUGAAAAUGACAUAGUUGUGGCCGCAGCAACAAAAAUGUCAAGCUUUGGCUUGGUUUCCUCACAAACGCAGUACCUUCUCUCAGCCAUGCUUGGUGAUAAGAAAUUCACUCGAAACUACAUCUCCGAGAAUCAAAAGAGGCUGAAACGACGACAGAAAAUGCUCGUUUCGGGGUUACAAAAAGCAGGUAUUAACUGCCUUAAGACCAAUGCUGGCUUGUUUUCUUGGGUUGACAUGAGACACCUUCUCCAUUCAAAUACAUUUGAAGCUGAGAUGGAGUUAUGGAAGAAGAUAGUGUACGAAGUUCGAUUAAACAUAUCACCCGGUUCGUCUUGCCAUUGCACCGAGCCAGGUUGGUUCCGGGUAUGUUUUGCUAACAUGUCCGAAGACACUUUAAACCUAGCAAUGAAAAGAUUAAAGAACUUCGUUGCAGACUCCAACGACAAAGGGUGCAGUAACAUCAGAGCUCAGUCUUCGGGAACUUCGAGAAGAAAGUCACUCUCCAAUUGGGUUUUCCGGCUAUCGUCUCGUGAUCGUCGUGAACAAGAAGAACGAUAG